CAGGUUCAACAGUGACCACUCUUGAUUCGUAUAACUCACAGCAAAGCCUCCAUCUGUCUCAUGGAUUAUAGAUCUAAAUUGAUGGCUUCAGUAACAGAUGCCAGAUACAGGCAGAAAGAUACUUCGGAUCAGAACUUUGAUUACAUGUUCAAACUCCUGAUCAUUGGGAACAGCAGUGUGGGUAAAACAUCCUUCCUCUUCAGAUAUGCUGAUGACACUUUCACGCCAGCCUUCGUCAGCACAGUAGGAAUUGACUUCAAAGUGAAAACAGUUUAUAGGAAUGAUAAGCGGGUGAAACUGCAGAUCUGGGAUACAGCUGGACAAGAAAGGUACAGGACCAUCACCACAGCCUACUACCGAGGCGCCAUGGGCUUCAUCCUCAUGUAUGACAUCACCAGUGAAGAAUCCUUCAAUGCAGUGCAGGACUGGGCCACACAAAUCAAGACCUACUCCUGGGACAAUGCACAGGUGAUCCUGGUUGGAAACAAAUGUGACAUGGAGGAUGAAAGGAUCGUUCCUUUGGAGAAAGGGAAACAUCUGGCUGAUCAGCUGGGUUUUGACUAUUUUGAAGCUAGUGCCAAAGAAAACAUCAACGUAAGGCAGGUGUUUGAGCGUCUUGUGGAUAUAAUCUGUGAAAAGAUGUCAGAGAGUAUAGAGUCGGACCCUUCCAGGGGCACUUCGGGAAGGAAUGUGAGGCUCAUGGACAACCCACCCCCUUCACAGCAGAACUGUUCAUGUUAGUGACCUUUCUUGCUGAGAAAUGUCUUUCUCCUUUCCUGACUAAAUUUUCUCUUUCUCUGUGGUUCAUUACCAUGUAGUCCAAAGGCAGAAGUCUCUGUUGUAGGAAACUGGUGUGUUUAAUGUGCUGGA